AUGUCCACUUCGGGGGGUGAAUUAGCGUUACUCGCUUUGCAGACGGCGACAGAGCUCUUUCUUUCAAAAGUCAUGUCAGGCCGGAUCGACAAAGGGAAAACAAAGAUUGCUGCGGAUACAAGCAACGAUGAAGAGGCCGAUUAUCGUGAAUGUUACUACGAUCUGAAGAAAUGCACCCAGGAUAUCGAAGAAAACAAUGACAAGCUGCAUCUGCAGAUAUUGCAGACAAGGCGGAAUAUUCAACGUAUACGGAUGGAGAGAGCUAUCCUCCUCGAACGCUUGGCUUCCAUGCCGAAUCUUCCUCCAGAACCACUUCCCCAUACGAGGUACAGUGGAGGAAGCGACAGCAGCAUGGAGGACGAUAUGGUCCCGACUGUGGCCGCUUUCCAAACACUCAUCAGAAAGGGCGUCGCAAAGGGGCUUCAUAAGCAGCUUUCUGCUGGAUAUGGCGCUCAAGCCUCGUCACCAGAAGUGGACGACGACGUAGUAUCCCCCAUAAGCGCAGACGAGCCAUUCACUGGCGCUGCCCAGUCAUACCAAGCUCUUCCGCCACCAGGCCUACCGGAGAGCGCAUAUAAGUCUGCAGCGCAGCUGCAGCAAGAAGCGCACCAGCAGCCUCUCCCGCUACCGCAGCAGCCCAUUGCCUCAACGAGUUCGAACGCGCCCCGAGUAGUAGGGCGUCAGAUUCCAUUCGGGCCUCCCGCCCCAAACAGGACGAAAACGGCAUAA